AUGAGUGUUGCCCCGAAUCGCAAUAUAGCCAUCAUUGGCGUGGGCUCGACCAUGUCCCGGUCGCUUGCUCUUUGGCUCGCAAGCGUAGGCUGGAACAUUGCCCUCGUAUCACGCUCCGAGAACAACCUUUCCAAGAUCGCCGACGAAGUCAAAGCCGCCCAAACAAGCACCGACGCUAAAGUGAUCUACCGCACCGCCGAUGCCGGCAAUCCCGAAAGCCUCACAGCCGCCUUGGACUGGUGCACCCAACAAUUCGGUGGCAAGCUGGACGUCCUGAACUACAACGCCGCCCACGUUGCCGAGUCGCACAUCACCGAGCUCACCCCGGAGAUGCUGGAGCUCGACUUCCGGGUCUCCGCGAUUGGCACUCUUGUCGCGGGCCAGUGGUUCAUGCGCAACGCCAACACUGACCACGUCUCCAAGGGCGAGUGGCCGCUCUUCCUGGUCACCGGGGGUGUCCUUGACAAGGAGCCGCAGAUGGUCUUCUCUUCACUGAGUGCUGUCAAAGCGGCGUCGCAAACACUCAGUCGCCUCUUCGCGCAGGCGCUCCCUCAGGCUUCCCAGAUUUUGGUCGGCAUGCCGCUGAUCAAAGCAGCCAUCAUCGACCCAAAUGGCGGCUACACCGAGGGUUAUCAUCCCGAUACUAUCAUUCAGACGGUGUUCAGGCCCUUCUUUGAAGACAGACAGAAGCUACAGAGAGGAGUGGACAACUGGACGGUGGAACGGGUUCUUUGA